AUGAAGGCCGAACUCACUUUAUUAGAAGAAGAUAAACGGAAAAAAGCUGAUUGCAAAGAUCGUACAAGUCAUGUGAGUGACGAACCCAGGUUAUUAUGGCACGACAAUGGUGACGGCAAAGACGAAUAUGAAAAUGACGACGACAGUGACGAUUCGGAUCUCGAGGAUUUCUCAACAAGCGAUGAUAAUCUUCUACCGAUGCUAAUUGGUAUUUACUUUAUUUUCAACUCGCGUCUUUUUUUAGGCACAUUGGAAUCGGCUUCAUUAACGCCAACGGCCGCUAUUAUUUUCAUAAAUGAUAGCAAUGGCUUAUUGUAUCCGGCAUAUCUCACCCGACUUAACGAAUGCCUUUCUCAAUGGUCGUACUCAUUGAUCCAGCCGUUAUUUCGUUCGCAUAAGUCGCCAUAUGGUUCACAUACAAUCGAUGAUGAUAUCGAAGUUCAUUUUAUUGAAAAAAUCUGGUCAUGA